AUGAGUUUAGAGUCUUUUUGGAAACGUGCCGGGAAGUCACAAAAGUCCUCUACUUGUUCUUCACCUAGUUCAAGGAAUCUUCCAAUAGAAGAAGAUGUUGUAACUCCUAUUGAUGAUGUGGAUAUUGAGUCUCCUAAUGAUGAUGCGGAUGUCGUGUCUCCUAAUAAUGACGCGGUUCCAGUGGCUGCUUCAAUUCCAAUCCCUGAAAACACAACUCAAAGUAAUCCAAAUGCUAGUGUUGAGUCUGAUGAUACUCGCAUUUAUGAUGUUCAUCUUCUUCCACAUGAUCCUGGAAAAAGAAUUCCAAUUUUGGAAUAUCCUGCUACUGACAGGGAUGCUGUGAGAAGAGGUUAUAUUACAAUGAAACGUUGUGAUCCACGCACUCAUAAUUUCCCUCGAAGAAAAAUAGGAGGUAUGCGUCGAUUUAAUGUUGCUUGGUUUGAUAAAUAUGAUUGGCUUGAAUAUAGUGUGGAGAAAGAUGCGACUUUUUGUUUUGUGUGCUACUUGUUCAAAGAUAAAGUUGAUUCUAUGGCUGCUAAUGAUUGCUUUAUUAAAGGGGGGUUUAGAGGAUGGAAUAAGAUUGGUAGAUUUAAUAUUCAUGUGGGAGGUCUUGGUAGUUUGCAUAAUCUAGCUUAUGAAAAAUACAAUUUUUUCAUUAACCCAAAAACAUCAGUUGCCGAAUCUUUUUUCACUUACACCACAGAAGCUAAACUUCAAUACAAAUAUCGAUUGACUUAUUCAUUAAAAUUUAUUAAGUUUCUUCUAAGUCAAGGCUUAGCUUGUCGUGGGCAUGAUGAAAGUGAAGACUCUUGGAAUAGGGGUAAUUUUCUUGCACUCUUAACAUGGCUUUCAGAGAAUAAUAGUGAUGUUGCAAAGGUUGUUCUAAGUAAUGCCCCGGGAAAUAAUCAAAUGACUUCUCCUUUAAUUCAAAAGGACCUCAUUAAUUGUUGUGCCAAAGAAACCACUAGACUUCUCAUUGAUGAUAUUGGGGAUGACUACUUUGGAAUACUAGCAGAUGAAUCUAGUGAUGUAUCUCAAAAGGAACAAUUGGCCCUUUGUUUGCGUUAUGUGAAUAAUAAAGGGAAGAUAACUGAGAGGUUUCUUGGAAUUGUACAUGUUAAGGAUACCACUGCUUUGUCACUAAAAAGUGCAAUUGAGUCUUUGCUUAUGGAGUAUUCAUUGAGUUUGUCUAGAGUUCGUGGACAAGGUUACGAUGGUGCUAGUAAUAUGAGGGGUGAGAUAAACGGUUUGAAGACUUUGAUCAUGAAUGAAACAAAACAAGCUUAUUAUAUUCAUUGUUUUGCUCACCAACUUCAAUUAACCCUUGUUGCUGUUGCUAAGGAUAAUGAUGAUUGUAUUUGGUUGUUUGACCAACUUGCUAUUUUAUUGAAUAUUAUUGGUGUUUCUUGUAAGAGAAGGGAAAUGAUAAGAGAAAUACAAUCUCAACAUGUUCUAGAAGCAUUAGAUCUAGGGGAAAUUGAAAGCGGGCAAGGUUUAAACCAAGAACUUGGUUUAGGUAGGCCUGGUGAUACUAGGUGGGGAUCACACUACAAAACUGUUUCAAAUGUUACCUCAUUAUAUGCUACUAUUGUCAAAGUUCUCGAGAAGGUUGGAUCAAAUAAGCUUUAUAAGGAUGAUCGUGUAAAGGCUAUCACUGUUAUGUCUACAUUUGAAUCCUUUGAGUUUGUUUUCAUGAUACAUUUGAUGUCUGAAAUAUUUGGGCAAAAUGAUAAAUUGUGUCAAGCUUUGCAAAGAGGAGACCAAGAUAUUGUUAAUGGCAUGUCAUUUGUUACGUUGACUAAGGAACAAUUGCAACAAAUGAGGGACCAUGGGUGGGAGGAAUUUUUGCAUCUUGUGCUUUCUUUUUGUGCUAAACAUAAUGUGGAAGCUCCUAAUAUGGAUGAUAUGUAUGUUCCUCGUGGAAGAUCAAAACGCUUCUUUUCCAAAGUGACAAAUCUUCAUCGUUUUCGGGUAGAAAUGUAUUUAAGUGUCAUUGAUUUACAACUCCAAGAGCUCAAUAAUAGAUUUGAUGAGAAAAAUAUGGAGUUGCUUAUUUGUAUGUCAUGCUUAAAUCCGGUAAAUUCAUUUGCGGCAUUUGAUAAGCAAAAGUUGAUGAGACUUGCCGAGUUAUAUCCCGAAGAGUUUCCAACUAAUGACAUGACAAUGACUGCUCUUCGUCAUGAACUUGGUUUCUAUAUUAAUGACAUGCGUACAGAUGCAAGGUUUGGAGACUUGAAGGGUAUUAAUGAGCUUUCUAUGAUGCUUGUUGAAACAAAUAAGCAUACUUCUUACAAAUUAGUUUACUUGUUGAUAAGACUAGCAUUGAUCCUUCCGGUGGCGACUGCAAGCGUGGAACGAGUGUUUUCAUCAAUGACUUAUGUAAAAAAUAAGUUGCGGAAUAGUAUGGGUGAUCAACUAUUGAAUGAUAGUUUAGUUACUUAUCUUGAGAGAGCCUUAUUUGCAAGAGUUAGUGAUGAUGAUGUAUUAGCACGCUUUCAAAGUAUGAAAACUCGAAGAAUGCUUUUGUAG